GGACAUCGGUGGCCACCGGGCUCCGGACCGCACGUGCGGCUCCCCCCUCGCCGCACAGAUCCUGCAGGGGGCACCAGCCUGGGGAGGUGGAGCUCCUCCCGCCCGGAGCUGCGCCCCCACCAGCCCCGAGUGUGUAGUCAGCGGCGCCUGGGACGCCCCCUCCCCGCAAAGUGUCCCCGAAUUGUCCUCUCGGGCCCCCGAAGCCUCAGCAGAGACAGCCGGGGGCCACUGCCACUCAGAGUUGGAUGUGACCAAACCCAGGAUAGGACCAAGUCGUUCUCGACUGUUGCCCCCUCCCGCUCCCGCCUCGGCCAUGGCCCCAGGGAUGUCGGGCCGCGGCGGCGCCGCCCUGCUCUGCCUCUCGGUACUGUUCGCCUACGCCUCCAGCCGCUCCCACCCGGCCAGCCCCAGCCCGCCAGGGCCGCAGGCCAGCCCAGUACUGCCAGUCAGCUACCGCCUGUCACACACACGGCUGGCCUUCUUCCUGCGGGAGGCGAGGCCCCCACCACCCACGGUUGCCAACGGCUCCCUGCAGCGCUCCGAGCCAUUCGUGGUGUUCCAGACCAAGGAGCUGCCGGUCCUCAACGUCUCCCUGGGGCCCUUCAGCACCAGCCAGGUGGUGGCGCGGGAGCUCCUGCAGCCAUCCAGCACCCUGGACAUCCCCGAGCGUCUGACGGUCAACUGGAAGGUGCGGGCGUUCAUCGUCCGCGCCCGCGUGCCCUCCUCGCAGCCCGUGGCCCAGGUGCUGUUCUACGUGGCCGGCCGGGACUGGGAUGACUUCGGCAUCACAGAACGGCUGCCCUGCGUCCGUCUGCACGCCUUCCGGGACGCCCGGGAACACCCCCUUCUGCGCAUCGGGAGUAUCAGCCUGUUCCGCCCGCCCCCCGGGAGGGCCCUGCAGGAGCACCGGCUGGACAGCAACCUGAUGAUCCGCCUGCCCGACCGGCCCCUCAAGCCUGGGGAAGUGCUCAGCAUCCUUCUCUACCUGGCCCCCAACUCCUCCUCUCCCGCCAGCCCCAGCGUGGAGCAUUUCACGCUCAGGGUGAAGGCCAAGAAGGGUGUGACCCUUCUAGGAACCAAGUCAAGGAGUGGCCAGUGGCACGUGACCUCAGAGCUGCUGACUGGGGCAAAGCACUCCACAGCCACUGUGGAUGUGGCCUGGGCCCAAGGCACACCCCCACCCCCCAGGGAGGGCCAGGGGCCCCUGGAGAUCCUGCAGCUAGACUUUGAGAUGGAGAACUUCACCAGCCAGUCAGUCAAGAGGAGGAUCAUGUGGCACAUUGACUACCGUGGCCAUGGCGCCCUGCCUGAUCUGGAGCGGGCCGUCACUGAGCUGACAGUCAUCCAGAGGGAUGUGCAAGCCAUCCUGCCCCUGGCCAUGGACACAGAGAUCAUCAACACAGCCAUACUGACGGGCCGCACGGUGGCCAUUCCCGUCAAGGUCAUUGCCAUCGAGGUGACUGGCCUCGUCCUGGACGUCUCUGCCCUAGUGGAAUGCGAGUCUGACAAUGAGGACAUCAUCAAGGUGUCCAGCAGCUGUGACUACGUGUUUGUGAGUGGAAAGGAGUCUCGAGGAUCCAUGAACGCCAGGGUCACCUUCCGUUACGACAUCCUCAACGCAUCUCUGGAGAUGACCGUCUGGGUUCCCAAGCUGCCCCUACACAUCGAGCUCUCAGAUGCCCGCCUCAGCCAAGUGAAGGGCUGGAGGGUACCUAUCCUCCCCGACCGGAGGUUGGCCCGGGAGAGUGAGGAUGAGGACGACGAGGAGGAGGAGCGACGGCAGAGUGUGAGCCGCGGCUGCACGCUGCAGUACCAGCACGCCACGCUGCAGGUCUUCACCCAGUUCCACACAACGUCAUCUGAGGGCACAGACCAGGUGGUCACCAUGCUGGGCCCAGACUGGCUGGUGGAGGUUACCGACCUGGUCAGCGAAUUCAUGCGGGUGGGCGACCCCCGAGUGGCACACAUGGUGGACAGCAGCACACUGGCAGGUCUAGAGCCAGGCACCACCCCCUUCAAGGUGGUGUCCCCAUUGACAGAGGCCGUGCUUGGGGAGACACUGCUAACAGUGACAGAGGAGAAAGUCAGCAUCACACAACUGCAGGCCCAGGUGGUGGCCAGCCUUGCCCUCUCCCUGCGUCCCAGCCCAGGGAGCAGCCACACCAUCCUGGCUACCACGGCUGCCCAGCAGACCCUCAGCUUCCUUAAACAGGAAGCCCUCCUGAGCCUCUGGCUCUCCUACAGCGAUGGCACCACGGCCCCACUCUCCCUGUACAGCCCCCGGGACUACGGGCUGCUGGUGAGCAGCCUGGACGAGCACGUGGCGACGGUGACCCAGGACCGGGCCUUCCCGCUGGUGGUGGCUGAGGCCGAGGGUGCCGGGGAGCUCCUCCGCGCGGAACUCACCAUUGCCGAGAGCUGCCAGAAAACCAAGCGCAAGAGCGUGCUGGCCACCACACCUGUGGGCCUGCGGGUACACUUUGGGAGGGAUGAGGAGGACCCUACUUAUGACUACCCAGGUCCUAGCCAGCCAGGGCCUGGCGGGGGUGAGGACGAGGCCAGGGGAGCUGGCCCGCCAGGCACCAGGGUUCCCCCUGCAGAAGGCCCGGGCAGGGGUACGGCCAGCUCAGGCAUACCGCCCACAGAAGACUUCCUGCCGCUGCCCACCGGCUUCCUGCAGAUGCCACGAGGGCUAACAGACUUGGAGAUAGGCAUGUAUGCGCUGCUGGGUGUCUUCUGCCUGGCUAUCCUGGUCUUCCUCAUCAAUUGCAUUGUCUUCGUGCUACGCUACAGGCACAAGCGCAUCCCGCCCGAGGGCCAGACCAGCAUGGACCACUCGCACCAUUGGGUGUUCCUGGGCAAUGGGCAGCCGCUGCGGGUGCAAGGGGAGCUCUCACCGCCCCCUGGCAACCCGCUGGAAACCGUACCUGCCUGCUGCCACGGCGACCAUCACAGCAGCGGCAGCUCACAGACCAGCGUGCAGAGCCAGGUGCAUGGGCGCGGUGACGGCUCCUCGGGCGGCUCAGCCCGGGACCAGGCGGAGGACCCCGCCAGCUCGCCCACCUCCAAGCGCAAGAGGGUCAAGUUUACUACCUUCACUACGCUGCCCUCCGAGGAGCUGGCGUAUGACUCGGUGCCCGCCGGCGAGGAGGACGAGGAGGAGGAGGCGGACUUGCGCUGGGGCUGCCCGGAUGUAGCGAGCACCACGCGGCCCACCCCGCCCCCGGACCUGCACAAUUAUAUGCGCAGAAUCAAAGAGAUUGCAUAGAGGCGCCGUCGGGAUGGCUGGGACCUCCAAGUGGGGGCUCCUCUGUUUGAACCUAGCCGGGGCCUCUUGCUCACACCUGCGCGGAGCAGUUGAACCUGGUUUUAUACUCCCUGCCCCUGCAGCUUUGCUCUGUGCCGGGUGGGGCCGCCUAGUGUCUUGUCCUUCUGCCUCACACCAUUCCCCUCCUCUGCCCCCUGCAGGUGGAGGCGCCUUCCUCCAGUGGUUUGCAAGGAAGAAAGGAAGCCCAGCCCUUGUUUGACCCUUUCCGAACCUCCUCCAUCCUAGGCAAUCCUCCUGCCCCAGAUUGAGACAUGGAGGCCGAGCUUGGGGCGAGGUGGACCCACACUGUGCCCCUGCCCCUGCCCCCCAUGUCCUCUGUCUUCCCCCUGUGCUGGGAGGAGCUGGGGGUCUUGUGUCACAGGCUGCACAAAGACUUUUCAAACCAAUAUUCAGGGAUUUGUGUCCUGCAGGGUGAGGACGCAGUGGCUGCCUGCCCUGACAAGGAUCUUGCUGUGGACAAUAUUUCGGGGGGGUGAGGGGGCAGCUGUAGCAUCUGCUGACUUUCUCGUCUCCCCCCACCCCCAGCCCCAGCCCCUUCCCAGCACCUGGCAGCUGACUCUGCAGAGAAGUCUGAGGCCAAGCUGGACACCUUCCUGAGUUCUCAGGACUCUCUCUGUCCCAAGGGCUGUAGGCAGAGUCCUAAAGGAGAGGAGUCCUGGGUCCAUCCUUGGCCUAGCCACACCCCCGAGCACCAAGGUCUAGACAGGUCCAGAGAGGCCUGAGUGCCUCCUGCUGACCUCACCGCAAGGUCAAGGUCAACACCACGCCUUAGCCACCCUCCACUGGGCUGACCACUCCUUCCUUCUGCAGUGGGCAGGGGAGAUAGUCACCCAUCCCCCCACAAAACAGGAUCUGGUGGGGGCGGGUAAGAGGCACCAUGGGGUGCUGUGAGGGACCUUGGGGUGGGCAAAGGCCAAAGGACAGCCCAGGCAUCUUCCCCACCCCAUCCCACAGCCAAUUUUCUCUUGGUUUCUACCCACCACUGUGUCGGAUUUUUCUUAAAUAAAUGGAGGCAACCAGACUUGGGGGUGGGGGCAGCAGCUCCCAGAGAACAGACAGUA